AUGGCGAACGCACAGUUCCUGAAGAUGAUGGACGACGACCUUGGCACGGAGCACGCCACAGCGUACAUUGCUUUGGGCUCGAACCUGCACGGCGAAGCCCGACUCGGCAUCAUUGAGGAGACGAUCUCCGAGAUGCGGCGGUGUCUCGGACCCAUUCUUGGUAUUUCUUGCCUCUACGAGACCAUUCCCGCCUUCGACGUGUGCCCCAAAGGAGUCGUCCACGACCUCUUCCAUCCGUUUUACCUCAAUGCGGUCCUCAAACUCCGCACACACAUUACCGACCCGUGGAACGUUUUGGAAAUCCUCAAAGACCUCGAGGCGAAAGGGGGGCGCGCUUUACCCGCACCUGAGGAAGUUGAGAGCCUGUUGAACGGGCCGACGUCUUCAGAGCCCGCCAAAGAGGAGACGGAACAGGGCGGCGCCGCUGUUCCCCAGAACGGAGGCUCGAAGGAAGCGCUCCAGAAGAAGUACGUCCGCGGCGCGCCUCGACUCCUCGACCUGGAUUUGAUUUUUUUUGACAAGGAAGGGAAAUCCUGUGUGAUUCACCCGGACGCCGUGCGCCCUGCAGACAAAAAGUGGCCGCUGACUUUGCCGCAUCCCCGCAUGGUGACGCGGAAUUUCGUCCUGUUUCCUCUCUGCGACAUCGACCCGGAGUAUGUACACCCCGUUGAGGGAGUCGCUGUGAAGGAACUUCUCCGCAUCAACCUCGAGCGGCGCCGAAUUCGUUUGUUGAAUGCGGCGGAGGAAGCAAAAACACACGCGACGCAGACACACACCGGCAUCGCCGAAAACCCCAACGGAGCGGACCUGUGCGCAAAGGGGAAACCACCGAGAGCCUCGCUUCAAUUUGUGCACGGAUACACAAUCGACGGCUCGCUUGCCAUUCCGCGGCGAUGCUUCGCGGCCACGACUGAGCAGCUAUGGACUCUUGGCGGCGACGCAGGUGUCGUCGAUACACUCCGAUACAUUGAGGACGUCAAGAGACAUGCAGACGAGAAAAUCAAAGCCGGCGGAGAUGACGGGCUGACGGAAGCGCAGCGCAGGCAGCUACUCCGCGUGCACCGCCUGGAGGAGAACCUUCGCCAGGAACAUCCCCUGAAAGUCAUGGGAAUUCUGAACGUCAGUCCCGACUCCUUCUCCGACCAGUUUUCGGCCAGCGUCGACGAGGCCGUUGCCGCUGCCGAGACCAUGGUUGAGGACGGUGCGGACGUUGUGGACGUUGGUGGCGAGGCCACAAAUCCUUUCAGGGAGGCAGGCGGAGUUCCCCUCGCGGUUGAGAGAGCACGCGUCCUUCCCGUUGUCAAAAAAAUCGCGGAGCAACUCAAAAACCGCGUGAUCAUUUCCGUCGACACCAUGAAGGCCGAAAUCGCCAGAGAGGCAGUCGCAGCGGGGGCCGCCUGGGUGAAUGACCAGACUGGAGAGAGUAGGACGCGAGCUGACGGAGAUCCUCUUGCAUCCGUUGUCGACAACUCGACCGCCAUCGUGCUGAUGCACAAACGCGGCACUCCGGACACCUUCGACUCUUACCAGAAGUAUGAGGACGUGGUCGGCGAAGUCGGUUCGUGGCUGGCGAACAUGAGUGAGGCUCUUCAGAGAUGCGGCGUAGGGCGGUGGAGGAUCCUCGUGGAUCCCGGCUUGGGGAUCGCCAAGAAUCCCGAGCAGAGCUUCGAACUGGUACGAGCCGUCAAACGCAUCAAGCAGAUGUUGCCGACGGGCAUUCCCAUGCUCCUCGGUUUCUCCCGAAAAAGGUUCAUAGGCUGGGCCGUCGGAGAAACAUCACUGACAGCUCGCCCGACGCCAGACGCCGUCGAACGACGCCGAUGGGGAGGCGCAGCGAUUGUCGCGUGGUGCGCUGCGAACGCCGACGCUGUGGCCGUCAUCCGGACGCACGACGUCAAGGAUGCGUGCACCGUGCGCGACGUGGCUGAGAAGAUUCACGGCGUGAACUCCCCAACCGGCUGGUUGGACAAACAGCCAGAUAUGUCUUCGCUAUACAGCUUUUGGAAUUAG